AUGGACACCACAGCCGAGCAGUCUUGGGGAAGGUCGGGUGAGACGCUGGACUCGAUGGCGCACAUGGACACGGAUCUCGACGACUUGGGCAACCUGUUUGAAUUUGGAGAUAUCGAUCUCAACAACAUCUCCUCGGUGGAUGCGAUCAACUACGACCAGCACAUGCAGCAGAAUGGGACCCAUCCAACUACCCCAUUCAACGAGAUAAACGAGGCUCAGGCCAUAUCUGGAACCUCUGCGCAGGACUUUGGGACACAGGAUCAUUUUGGGAUCUCCCGAAAUGUUGAUCUCGCACAACAACAACAACGUCAACAGCAACAACAACAUCAGCAGCAGCAGCAGCAGCAGCAGCAGCAGCAGCAGCGAUACAGCGGUGCGUUUCCCACGGAGCCAAUGUAUCAGCCGACCAUGCAGCAGCAUUUCCAUCCAAAUCAGCAGUUCCAAUUUCAAGCGAUGCAGGGAUAUCCCUCAACGCAGCAUGUACCGCCGACACCGAACAGUUUCGAAAUGCAUGGCGAAGCUGGACGCUUUAUGCAACAACCUAUGGAUCCUCAACAGCGUGCCAUAUUGGAGCAGAGAUAUCAGCUGAGUAAAGAGGAUGCAUCAGCCUUCACCCCUAUGGUAUCGCCUGCAGGUACACCUCAAUAUAGUGUUCAGCCCGAGUUCACCAUCCCUGGUGCUUACUUCUCGCCGCUCACAUCCCCCAUGCUACACGCACAGACUCAACAGCGGAUGUCCCACUACCAUCAAGGCUUCUACACAAAUCCAAGCACAGCGCCAAGUUCUAACGCAACAUCACCGUUGGCUCCCAAUAUAGAUGUGGACAUGCUAGGUGAUGAAAUAUCGCUGUCCGAGCCUGCCCAGUCGAGGAAAUCAUCCAGGAAGAAGACCGCCACUCCUCGAAGUGCUGGCCCAUUGGCAAGAGUCAAACAGAGUCCCAUCCAGAAGGCUGCGAAACGAAAGUCUACUACAAUGCUUUCCWCACUCGUUCCACCUCGAGAGGUAGAUGGCAUCCUCGAGUCGCAACGCUCUGGAAGUGUGCAGCCAUCGUCUGGUAGUCUGCAGGUGCGGCGGAAUGAAAGUUCGGAGAAUGGUAGCAUCAGCCCAGAGCCAUUGAGCGAAGCUUUAAUGGGACCCCCUCCACGACCGGGAUCAGGUCUGACCCAAUCACCAGCAUUGGCAGCUCAGCAACAUUCACGAUCUAACUCGUCAAACGGCCCGGCCGCAACACCCAAAUCACUGCUCUCAAGGCGCGGUGGGCAGUCAUCCACUCCAACUGCACAGCCAAACCAAAAGGAAUCGCACGCACACGACGAUGACAUGGAAUUUGCUGAGCUUGAGCUCCCUGCAGCAGCUGCUGAUGAACCAGGUCGCCAGACAGGCUUCGCUCAGCUCAACACUCAAAUGUCGACCGUAAGUUCGGCUGAAAACGAUAACCUUCGCCUGCCUGCUCGUAAGACGCCGAAACUCGGAACGGCUGGCACACCGCUUUCUGUGCUGCCGCCCAGUCCGUCAGUGAUGGGAUCUCCCAUGAUGGCAUCGACUCCAGGUGCGCUGCUGAAAGGCGGCAGGAACGACAGCAAAGGUGGCAGAGGUAGUAGGAAGCGAUCAAGUAUUAGCGUGAGUGGUAAUGGAUCAACUCUGGUUUCGCCUUCGCUGAGGCCACGCAUCUCACCGAGCAUAAAGCCGCUUCUACCUGAAGGAGCUGCUCUGCACUCCCCGACACAUGCGUUGCUUCUGGCAUCGAAGUCCAACUACCAGAAUCUACUCGAAGGCAACCACUUACCCGGAGUGAACUACCCAGACUCACUUUCUACCGGCUUGACCUCAAAAAGGACUUCCCACAAGGUCGCAGAGCAAGGCCGCCGCAACCGCAUUAAUGAAGCACUAAAGGAGAUGCAAUCACUGCUCCCCAAGCCAGCCGUUGUGAAGGGCGCAAAAGAGACUACCAAUAGCGAUGCAACUCCCGAAGCUCCCGAGACCGAGACCAAAGAAUCCAAAGAAGACGCGCAACUCAAAAGUAAUAGCAGCAAAGCUGCAACUGUAGAGUCCGCCAACGAGUAUAUCAGGAAGUUACAGAGUGAAAAUGCAGCUCUGCUGCAACUCAAGACUGAACACGAGGAGAUGAAGCGGAAGCUGGAGGAACAAGCCAGUGUUGCUUCCUCUAGUGAACAAUCUACCAGUUCUACCGAAGCUGCGUCGUGA